AUGCCCAGAACUGCCCAGAACGCCCAAAACUCGCCCAAACAUCCCACCAAGAGUGUUACCACACAGUAUCAUAUCACCACCUUAGCUGGUCUAUCGGGUGUCGAGGCAGCGAUGAAGUUUGGCUCGCAGAUAUUGGUGAAGUCAGUUCCAGAAUGGAAACUCAAUAAUAUAGAUUACCAGCAGUUGAAAACUGGGAUCAAGAAAUGUACAACGGUGCGUGAGAACUUCCACCCGGCAAAUGCAGCAGAAGACCCCGAGUUGAGGUCGUUGGAAAAACUGUUCAGGUCGCAGUUUGAGAUGAUCAACGUUUUCGUCUCGAUGAAGUUGAAGGAGUGCAGCACAAGAAUUGUGUCUAUCGAGAACUACCUGACGCAGGUCGGCAACAUCAAGGAUGAAAAUAAACAGCUCAGACGGAUCAAGUUGAUUAAUCACCACUUGGACAGGUGCAAUUUCGAGUUGCAGAAGCUCUCGCGGUACCUUAUCUUGCAGAAAAUAGCGAUACGGAAGUUGUUCAAGAAGUUCUUGAAACAUUACCCCUACGGGAAGGACGUAGCGCAGGAGUUUAUAGAUUCGUUGAAGAACUGUCCGGAGUUGAAGGAGGGCCACGACGGUGUGUCGUUGCUAACCGUGGACUUGGACCCCUACUUGCUUGAAAUCUCGUUGAUCGUCGAUAUCUUGCACGAACUGGAAGUGAACUCCGGCCACGAACCACAACAAUCGCUGAGACAUCCGCUCCCAGUGAGCAGUAAUAACACUACGCUGGUGACGCGUCCUUCGACGGCAGACUCCGUGCACACGGAAUCCAUACCAUCGUCUUCGAGGAAAACAUCGAUUGCUUCCCCUUUAAACAAUAUAGACUCGACUCUCAGCUUCGACCAUCUUUUCGUCGGCAGAUUCCACCAUGUGAAGUCGUUUUUGAUAUCGCAGGAAAGCGAGGACGAAAUAAAGUUUAUGCUCGUGAAACUCGGGUUCUGCUUGUUCGACAACACCGUUAUGGCCACUUCGAAAAAGAUUCUAAGUGGUAACGACUCCCUGAUCAAGCGCAAAAACAGUAUCAAGUCGUUGCACAUGCUCAGAGACGCCAGCAUCGGCGACGAACCGGCUGCUAGUACUGCUGGCCAGCCACAGCAACAACAACAGCAACAACCAGAAGCUGUAAACAAUGUUAAUCAGGAAACUAUCACCCACAAUAUUCAAUUCGAGCCCUUGGCAAAAGCCGGUGUCAGUACCGCAAACCUUUACGCUUCCACAGAAGAAAAUCUAUUUCCCAACAUGCUAGUUUCGUACCCGAAUUCAGAAGAGUGUGUUCUCCUUUGCCACGUAGGCGGGCUUCGAAACCACAUUUCCACAGACACCAUCAAUUACAAGGAUAUCAAGGAUAUCUUGAACGGCGUUGACCCAGCAAAUCCUGACCAUUCCAAUAGAUUGGAUGAAUUUUGUCGCGAGUGGUGCUACUCCCACAAUAUUCGUUUAACAGAUUUCGUCAUUAAAUCGAAAAGGAGUCGUUUCAUCGUCAGUACCUCGUCGAUUCAAACAGAUAACGACUAUCUAAUUUGCAUUGACGAAAAUAUAGAGGUUGACAAUCACAAAAUACCGUUCGCCGUGUUGGAAAUUAAAAUGUUGGAACGUAAUAACUCGGUUCUAGGGCCUCAACAAUCUAAAUCAAAAAAAACAGCCGACCCAGUAGUUGCUCAAAUUAUUGAUAAACUUAUAGAAGAUGACCUUUCGGUAUACCCUGUUACCAAAAGAUUUACAUUAUGGAAUUUAGCCUCAAAGGUUGUUAAUGGUUCAGAUCCUCUCACUUGCAUAGAUGACGGAAACUUCCUCUCCAGCGAAGAAAUGUUUGAGAGUGGUAAAAAUCUGUUAAAAGAAUUGAAAACCAAUUAUGAUUUACAAUUGAAUCCUCCAAUAAUUGAUCUUUCAAAACCACCUUCACCUUCAUCAAAUAAAUCCAUCCCCAUCAACCGUACUACUGAACCAGAUAAACCAAGAAUUCGUUAUUGGAAUGAAUUCGAUGAUGACGAGGAAGCGAUGGAUCAAGGAUUCUACACAUAUUCAAGUGAUGAAGACGAUAAAAUUCAUGACUACGGACUUAUCACUUUUAGUCCAGCAUUUAUUGUUGCAGUAUACAGGUUCAUCUCUAAAUUUCAAUUUAGUUUUGGAUUUGUAGGCGAUGUCCAAGAAAGAAGACAUUUAUUGCCAAGUCCCAACAAAUCUUAUAGCUCUCUCAAUACGGAAAGCACAGUGCUUACUUCUCAUUCUUCGGAAAGAAACGAAGUAAAUAAAAUUUGGGAUUUGGAACAGCAAGAGUCGGAAUCAAUAUAUGAGUUUGAACAUGAUGAAGUGAUCUCGUUCUUUUACGUUUCCUCAUUAUUAAUUUCUUGUCUUACAACAGGAAUUACAAUAGGGAUCAUGACAUCCCUAUUUAAAUCUCUUGAUGAAGAUAGUGAACUAGACAAUGGAACUCCGAUAUUAAUAAUGAUCUUCGUAUCCUUGGCUAUAUCGUUAAUUCUGAGCUCGUGGUCGCUCUUGUUACUGUUUUCAAGAUUCACUUUGGCUCCAACCUGGCAUUAUGUCAGUGGAGUAGUCAUAUUCAUCACAAUUAUUUUGGCCGUAUGUUACGGAUUUAUAGAAUUGAUCUUAUGA